CGUGUAAACAGCGCAGAAGCCCCGCGAUGAAUGAGGUCCACAUGAGUGCCUGUUAUAAAAAACACGUUUCCUCUGGCAUAGUGGGACGGUUAGACUUUUGUCGGUUUGUUUAUUUUUGCCCAGAGAUGAUAAUUUCUCCAAGAAAGCGGAGCUGUUUUGUUUUAUAAUCCGGAUAAUCUCCGAAAUACUCUGUCGUGUUUUUUCUGGUUUGCGGCACGAACGUUAGUGGCUAAAACAGUUAGAAAUAUAAUUAUAUCGAGCUUAAAAUAGUUAGAUUUAUUACUAAGAGGAUAAACUGCAACACUGACGGCAUGAAUAAACGAGAAGGUGAAGGAUGUCCACGGAAAAAUGCUGAGGCAGCCCAAGACCGCAAUGCGAGUGCCAACCCAUCCUCACCUAUCGUUGCUGUGUUCAAAGUUUUCCAGCAGGAGCUUGACACCAAACACGACAAAUAUGAACGUCUUGUUAAGAUCUCUAGAGAUGUAACCAUUGAGAGCAAGAGGGCCAUUUUUCUUUUGCAUAGAGUGACCAGUGUACCAGAUGCAGAGGAUGUUCUGAAUGAAGCAGAUGGUAAACUGGAUGGAGUCAGGCAGAAAAUCGGUCAAAUUGCUGAGGAGCUCAGGGGAGAGGACAUCUAUCAGUUUCACAGAGCCUUCACUCCAGGGAUCCAGGAGUAUGUGGAGGCCGUCUCCUUCCUGCACUACAUCCGUCAUCGCAGCCUCAUCAGCCUGGAGGAGAUCAACGCCAGACUGGUGUUCAUGAGAACGGAGAAGGCAGAUCCUAAGGGUGCAGCUGAAGCCCUGCCGCUGGGAACUCAGGUCCUGACCUUCCAGGUGACGCCCUCGGACUACCUGCUGGGUGUGGCCGACCUGACCGGAGAGCUGAUGCGCAUGUGCAUCAGCAGCGUGGGCAACGGCGACAUUGACACGCCCUUCCAGCUGAGCCAGUUCCUGCGGCAGAUCCACGACGGCUUCUCCUACAUCGGGAACACGGGGCCCUACGAGGUGUCCAAGAAGCUGCACACGCUGCGGCAGAGCCUCGGCAAAGUGGAGGACGCCUGCUACACACUGCGCGUCCGUGGCUCGGAGAUCCCCAAACACAUGCUGGCCGACGUGUUCUCCAGCAGGACCACACUCAUGGACCCUGAGGAAGGAGUGGUGUAACCCUCCACAGCUUCAACAACACUAUUUACGUUCCCUGUGGUGUUAUUGUCUUUAGUUUUCCUCCAGUUUGUAUGUAUUUUUAAUGGGAUUUGACAGAUGCUUGAUAUGUUUUGUGUCUUGCCUGUUCAUUUAGAAUUUAUUGUUAUAUUAAAAUCAGUGUUACAAUAGACAAAGGAUUUUUUUUUCUUCCUCUGAUAACGAUCUGAUGACUUCAGUUGUUUUGCUUGAAAUAAAAGUUCUGUGCCAAAUA